AUGAAUAACCAGUUACCUAUCCAGGCCCUGCGCAUACGGGAUACAUUCGUUAUCGAUGAAGCUAAAUUAAAAGAGAUUACCAAUCGUUUUCUUUCGGAAUUACGAAGAGGCCUAGAAAGUGAUGACAGUGACAUCCCAAUGAACAUAACCUGGGCCAUAGGUAUCCCCACCGGCCACGAAAUAGGCACAUACCUCACCCUCGAUAUGGGCGGAACAAACCUCCGCGUCUGCAAAGUAACUCUCACGCCAGAAAUCGGCGGCUACGACCUCAUCCAGUCCAAAUUUAAGCUCCCCGACGAUCUCAAAGUUGGCCUUGCGGACAUGCUCUGGGACUUUAUUGCGGACUGCCUAUAUCAAUUCCUGGAAGAACAUGGACAACUUGGAAACAGGGGGAAAAACGAGGUAAAACUGCCGUUGGCAUUCACGUUUUCAUUUCCAGUUGCGCAGGAGAGUAUAAGGCACGGGGUGCUGCAACAGUGGACUAAGGGGUUUAAUGUCGGGGGUGUGGAGGGGAAGGAUGUCGUGCUGCAGUUGGAGAAGGCUUUGAGAAUGAGGGAACUUCCCGUCGAGAUUGUUGCAUUGGUGAAUGAUACCACGGGGACGUUGAUUGCGUCUGCAUAUAAGGACCCGGAGAUUCAGAUUGGGACUAUUUUCAGCACGGGGUGUAAUGCGGCUUAUAUGGAGGAUUUCGGGUCUAUUCCUAAAAUCGCACAUCACUCACUUCCUCCUGAUACCCAAAUUGCUAUAAACACCGAAUGCGGUGCCUUCGAUGACUCCCAUUGCAUCCUCCCACGAACCCCCUUCGAUCUCGAAAUCGACAAUACCUCUCCUAAGCCUGGUCGGCAGAUCUAUGAGAAAAUGGUCGCGGGUCUAUACAUCGGCGAAAUCGUUCGCUUGAUAAUCCUCCACCUCCACGAUUCCUAUGGCCUCUUUGCAGAAAACAACGACAUUACCCGCCUCCGCAUGCCAAGCACAAUCGACUCCUCCGUGCUCUCCAAACUAGAAGAAAACCAUUUCUACAGCUCUGAUUCUUCCGCCGAGAUCCAAUCCCUCUUCCGCGAAUGUCUGGGAAUUAACCCAGCACCUGACGAGUUAAACCUCUGCUGCUUCGUUGCAGAAUUCGUAUCCUCGCGCGCGGCGAGAUUAUAUGCGUGUGGGAUUGCGGCGAUUUGCAGGAAAAGGCAAAUUAGGUCUUGUUCGGUGGGUGUUGACGGGUCUGCGUUCACCAAGUAUCCACGGUUUAGGGAGAGGGCUGUGGGUACGUUACGGGAGAUUUUGGAUUGGCCGGAAGGGGAGGAAGAUUUGAUUCGUUUUAGGCAUGCGGAAGAUGGGUCUGGGGUUGGGGCUGCCUUGAUUGCGGCGUUGGCUGAAAAGGUGGGGAGGCAGGAGGGAUGA